AGUAGUACAGGAACAGCGGCCUGCCUGACCAAAUGCGCAGGCGCGGAAAUGUAAACAGAACAAGACUCCUAAUUCCUAAACACAUGAAAUACAUGUGGAGUUCCUCUUAUUCUCGUCGAGUUUCGUGGCGUAUUUCUCUUUCAUCCAACAAAACAGGGUGGGGAUGUCGUCACUGUUGUGGGAGGGCGACAGCACCCCUGCACCGAUCAGCAUGAACUACACUAACUGCUCCACGUCCACGCAGAGCAACUUUCUGAAGGAAGUCCACUUUGGCGGGGUGCCCGUUGUACUGUUGCUAGACUUCUGUGUCUUUUUGUUCCUGAUCGUCCUGUUCUCAGCCAUCAGGGGGAAGCUGUGGGACUAUGGUCGGCUGGCUCUGGUUUCAGAAGCCGACGGGUUCAUGGAAUCAACGCAUCGCAGAUUUGGACGCAUGACAUCCACCGUGGACGACCCCGAGGCUGAUGCGGGCUGCUGCUCGUGGCUGCCCUUUGUCAUAGGAAUGGAUUCAGAGACGAUGAAGGCCAAGUGCGGCAUCGACGCGGUCCACUACAUGUCCUUCCAGCGGCACCUCAUCUUCCUUCUGGCCCUGGUCACCGUCGCCUCCCUCGCCGUCAUCCUCCCGGUCAACCUGUCCGGGGACCUGCUAGGUGUUAACCCGUACGAUUUUGGAAGGACGACUAUUGCCAAUCUUCCACAAGGGAACAACCUGUUGUGGCUGCACACAGUGUUUGCCGUUCUGUAUCUGAUCGUGACCGUGGCGCUGUUGCGCCACUACACGUCCCAGAUGAAGGGCAUGCGCCGGGAGACGGCCAGAAACACUUUGUUUGUGCGUUCAGUCCCGAAAGAAGCCACUGAUGAAGAAGUGAAAACACAUUUUACGGAGGCGUACCCUACAUGCCAGGUGACCGCAGUCACCCUGGGUUACGACGUGGCCAAGCUCAUCCAGCUGGACAAGGAGAGGAUGCGAGCUCAUAAAAACCUGCGUUACUACGAGAAGGACCUGCAGAGGACGGGGAAACGCGGGGCGGUCAACCUCCGCCGAUGCAACAUACUCUGUUGCUGCGCGUGUUGCAAUUGUGAGAAGGUGGACGCGAUCGAGUACUACAGCAACCAAGAGGCAGCUCUGUUGGAAGAAGUGAGCAAGCAGAGGGAACUGGUGCCACAGCGCCCCCUAGGGAUGGCCUUUGUCACAUUACAGUCUGAGGCCAUGGCCAAAUUCAUCCUCAAAGACUUCAACGCCCUGGACUGUGGGGGCGGAGCCGACUCCGAGGCCGGCCGAGUUGGGUGUGGGUGUGCUUGUGUCGGAUGGGAGCCCCAGCCCUCGCCCCACAGCGCAGCUCUGAAAGUGAAGAAGUGGAAGGUCUCCUUUGCCCCCCAUCCCAUAAACAUUUAUUGGGAGAAUCUCUCGGUGCAGGGCGUGGGCUGGUGGGCGCGCUGCCUCGUCCUCAACCUCUUCCUCAUCCUCCUGCUCACCUUCUUCACCACACCCUCCAUCAUCCUCAACACCAUGGACUCGUACAACGUCACGCAGCCCCUCUCCUUGCUCAACAGUGCCGUCGUCAGUCAGUUCUUUCCCACCUUGUUGCUGUGGUCCUUCUCCGCCCUGCUGCCCACCAUCGUCUAUUACUGCACGCUGGGAGAGUUUCACUGGAGCAGGUCCAGCGAACAGCAGAGCAUGAUGCACAAACUGUACAUAUUCCUGCUCUUCAUGGUGCUGAUCCUGCCCUCCCUGGGAUUCACCAGCCUUGCAGUGUUCCUCCCCUGGCUGUUCGACAAAGACUUUCUGGACCAGGGGAAGUUGAGGUUUGAGUGUGUUUUCUUACCUGACCAAGGGGCGUUUUUCGUCAACUACGUGAUCGCCGCCGCCCUGCUGGGCUCGGGGAUGGAGCUGUUGCGGUUGCCAGGGUUACUGCUCUACACCAUCCGUAUGAUGCUAGCCCGCUCCGCUGCAGAGAGGAAGUACGUCAAACAGAACCAGGCUUACGAGUUUGAGUACGGAGCCAUGUACAGCUGGACCCUGUGUGUUUUCACCGUCAUCAUGUCUUACAGCAUCAUCUGCCCAAUCAUAGCUCCCUUCGGCCUGCUCUACCUGAUGCUGAAGCACCUGGUGGACAAACACAACCUGUACUUCGCCUUCCUGCCCACGCGCCUGGACCGCCAGGUGCACCUGGCCGCCGUCAACCAAGCGCUGGCCGCGCCCAUCAUCUGCCUCAUCUGCCUCUACUUCUUCUCCGUGCUGCGGAUGGGUUUCAAGGCUGUUACGUCCCUCUUCACCUUUGUGGUUCUGUGUGUCACCGUGUUCAUCUUCACGGGCUACAACUGCUUUGGAAACUUCAAGUAUCUCAGUCCGCAUAACUACUCGGUAAAGGAAGAGGACGAAGAAACGGAUGAAAAGGCAGAGCACGCUACGGUGUAUCUCCCCAGAGUGCUGAGCACAGAGGAGCCGGACGGGGCUCAAUCUCCACCGUCUUACGGCUCCACGCAAUGCAGCCCUGAGCACUCUGCUUGCCCAGUGGACGAUACCCUUCUGCUGGCUUGAGUCUCCCCGUUGGGGUCCAGGGAGGUGGAAGGACUAGAAGGUAUCCAAUCCCGCACGCAGAGCACUGUGCUUCUUUCCGAUGUGAUGGAAGCUAUCCUUGUGCUGGUCUGGUGUAGACUGGAGAUUUGGUGUGUUGUUGUUUUUUUACGUUUCGGUGCGACUUGACCUACUGUUGGCUUAAACGCCGUAGAGUCCCCUUUCUAUGCUUAUUUAAUAUUUUAUUCUCUCUAAUGAGCUCUUAAAAAUAGGGGUUAUUUAUAAGAGAACGGAAAUAUAGAACACAGCAUUUGGAAAUAUAGAACAUCAAAUGUCUUUGAUUUGGUGGUCAAAAUGUCUACCGUCCUCAAUCAAUGUCAAAGUCGAAAAGUGCCCUUUGAAUCUCAGCAUGGAGUUCAUGUGUCAUGUGUUUCUUUUACUUGGCAUUUUGAAUGCUGUGCAUAAGUUAUACGUUGCAUUGCAACAUUGUAUCUCAGAUUUGUUCGUGUUAUUCCUGUCUUUCAAUACGGUUUAAGGCUGGAAGUAUAAUGUUUCCUGAAUGGACCAGGGUUUCGCUUGGUAUAACAAGAAUUCAAUAUUCAAUAGGUUAUCAAUGUGCACAUCUCUUUCAUUAUUCUAUUAAUAUAAUUUGGGGGGGAAUUUUAUAAUGCUUCUGUCAACUGUAGAAAUUGAUCAAAACAUGCCCUCUUAUGCUGAGCUUCCUUUGUAAUAACAUGUCCACACGGCUUUCAAAACAUUUUUGAAUCCUUCAUUGUGCCUUUUUUAAAUGACGAAUGGAAAUGUGCAGAGGAGAAUUUUUUUGUGGAAGAAAAUAUAUCCGUGUACAAACAUAAAUGUCAAUGUAUCGCUUAAUACAACAACCCCGCUAAAGGGAUGAAGGCCGAGGCUUGGAGAGUGAACUGUUUUUUUUCAUUUUUUUGUAUUCUAUGGUUGCUCAUUUGCACAUCAAUUGACAAACAAAUCAAAAUGAGAACGUUUUUUAUUUUAACUAAUAAAGUAAACAACUUGAUGUCAA